ACAUCUUCUGCAAGCGAUCCAAGCGCUCCUGACCUAGCUGAGCAUCUGCGAAGAUUUCGGCACCCCGAAGAGCAGUCUCAGGCUUUCCCAGAGAACUGGAAGGGCUUUCGGCCCCGCACCCCCAAGAACGAAUCGCAGCAAGCUGCAAGAAAGUUUCCUCCUUGUUCAACUUCUCGUGUUUGGGGUGGGGUGGGGUGGGGUGGGGGUGGGGAAAUGACUUUUUCCUGAGCAUCCCUUCCACUGCAUCUGGGCAAGGGAAGGGACAUCAGCCUGGCUACCCAGCAGGACACAAGCCAGGGUCCCACACAGUGUCCUCUGACCACAGACUGAUUGCUCGUGAGUCGCUCCGUCCGUGUCUUAUUCACUCCCCGGAGCCCCGCAGAGCGUGGAUGAAGUCGGCCUGCAAAUCCCACGGCCCUCCGGCGGGAGCGCGCGGCGCGCCCCCGUGCGCGGGCGCAGCCGAGCGCGCGCCCCCGUGCUCGGGGCCCGGGCGUCUGGAGAGCGCGGCGCGCAGGCGCCUGGCGGCCAACGCGCGCGAGCGGCGUCGCAUGCAGGGCCUGAACACGGCGUUCGAUCGGCUGCGCCGGGUGGUGCCGCAGUGGGGCCAGGACAAGAAGCUGUCCAAGUACGAGACCCUGCAGAUGGCGCUCAGCUACAUCGUCGCGCUCACCCGCAUCCUGGCCGAAGCCGAGCGGGACUGGGUGGGGCUGCGCUGCGAGCAGCGGGGUCGCGAUCACCCCUAUCUCCCAUUCCCGGGUGCUAGGCUCCAGGUUUCCUGAGUGGACACUGUGAAUGACUUUGGACUGCUGUGAAAAUAAUGUUCUAUCCCCUUUAGCCUAAGGCACGGGGCUAGGGUCUAGCCAAGUUGGUAGAGGACUUGUCUUGCAUGUAUAAAAGCCGUGGGUUCGAGCCCCCAGCUAUCGCGUAGGCAGAACACGGUGAUGCACGGCCUGUAAUCCUAGCGUCAUUUAGGAGGUGGAGAAAUAUAUAUAUAUAUAUAUGAGAGACCCUGUGUCAGAAAAAAAAAAAGUUGGGUAAGACUGGUACUAAACCAUCAGACAGAUAGUUAACCUUCUUAAACUUUCCAAGUUUGUCCCUAUUGGGAGAAGUUAUAUUAUGUGAUUCAUGUUCUGAGCAGCUACUUCGCGGUGUAAAUGCAUUUAUGCCCUGUAUAUUGUGUUUGCAUGCAUCAGGUAGAGCAAGACUUGUUUUUUUGUUUUUGUUUUUGUUUUUUUUGGGGCGGGGGUGGGGAGGUUGGUAGAGUACUUGGGCAUGAGCGCUCCGUAUUUUUUUAACUGUACACAUUAAAAUAUGGAUUUUGUAAAAUA